AUGUCACCUGAGGAUGAAGCUGUUCCUCAUCCCUUGGGUGAUCUCAGGAAGCAGGCGCGGCAGCUGGAGAACGAGCUGGACCUGAAGCUGGUCUCCUUCAGCAAACUCUGCACCAGCUACAGCAGCAGCCGAGACGGAAGGCGCGACAGCUCUGACACAACUCCUCUCUUAAAUGGAUCAAGCCAGGACAGAAUGUUUGAGACCAUGGCUGUGGAGAUUGAGCAACUCCUGGGAAAGCUGACUGGAAUAAAUGACAAAAUGGCAGAAUACACAAACAGUGCAGGAGUCCCCUCCCUGAAUGCUGCUCUGAUGCACACCUUGCAGCGCCACAGAGACAUCCUGCAGGAUUAUACACACGAAUUCCACAAAACCAAAGCAAAUUUCCUGGCAAUACGAGAAAGGGAGAACCUGUUGGGAUCAGUAAGAAAAGAUAUAGAGUCAUAUAAAAGUGGGUCUGGUGUGAAUAACAGAAGAACAGAACUAUUCCUGAAGGAACACGAGCACCUUCGAAACUCAGAUCGACUGAUAGAAGAAACAAUAAGCAUUGCCAUGGCAACUAAAGAAAAUAUGACUUCCCAGAGAGGGAUGUUGAAGUCAAUACAAAGCAAGAUGAAUACCUUGGCUAAUCGGUUUCCAGCAGUGAACAGCCUGAUCCAACGCAUCAACCUGCGGAAACGACGAGAUUCCCUCAUCUUGGGUGGCAUUAUUGGCAUCUGUACCAUCUUACUGCUGCUCUAUGCUUUUCAUUGA